CAAGAACUAACAUCUUUCUGCAGAUAGUAAAGUUUUGGUCAAAAAAAUUAGAUUUGAGUUUUCAGAUUUAAAACGCGAGGAAGUGUCAUGGCGGCGGUAGUGACGUCAAUCCGUAGUAGUAGCAAACGAAUAUUUAAAUUAGGUCUAUGUAGUGGACCAUGCGGCCAAAAAAAAACGUAAACACUGGACGUUCAUUUAAUAAUUUUAUGUAGAAAUAUGAAUUUCAAAACUUACAAGAUUUGUGGGGUUCCUCAGUGUAAAAACACAAGUUUAAAAACUCCAGAGAAGUUAUUUGUUUCGGUUCCACAAAACAGAGACAUGCGAGUAAAAUGGCUUCAACUUGCAAAGCGAGAUUUAACUGGAAUAACGACGGCAACUCGUCUUCAUUUUUGUGAAGAUCAUUUCGAUAUGCCAAAUGAUAUGGAGAAUUAUAUGCAAUAUCAUGUGAUGGGUUCUGUACACCAGGUACGUAUGAAACGUGAGUGCUUGCCUACAAAAUUUCAUUGUCAAUCAGAUCAAAAAAACACAACAUCUGAUGCAGAACAGAGAAUGAACUUGCUUGAAGAAUUUGAAAAAGAAAUGGAAGAGAGAACAGCCGCUGCAAAACGGGUGGAGUUUGGAGAUAAUUUACCUGGUUGUUCAGGUUCUCACCAAUGUGAACCAAAAAUAAAAAAGCAAAAAUCGGACAAUAAUGAAGAAAUCAUGGAAAAUGUAUCAAAAAAUAAUUUCAAUCUUAUACAAAGUGAAGUUCCUGAAGAAGCUGUAGCCAAGGAAGAAGAUGAAUAUGAUUUGGUUGAACAGUUAUAUCAACUACUUAAUCAAUCAGAAACAUUUCAGGAAGAACUAAUAGAUGCAUCUCAAAUAACAAAAGACAAAACAAGUUGAAAUUAAAAGAAGGGUGUGGAGUUGCCACUUU